GCCCCUGCGCAGAACUCAAGGCCACGUCGCUUUUGCGGCACCAGAGACCACGCACCUCAUCCAUGGCUACCGUGGAUUCCCGGCGGGUAGCAGAUGGCAGCGAUGCCGGGGGCACCUUCCAGCCCUACCUGGACUCCUUGAGACAAGAACUACAGCAGAGGGACCCGACCGUGUUGUCAGUAGUGCUGGCAGUCGCCGCAGUGCUGCUGACGCUGGUGUUCUGGAAAUUCAUCUGGAGCAGAAAGAGCAGUCAAAGAGCAGUUCUUCUUGUGGGUCUUUGUGACUCUGGGAAAACACUGCUGUUUGUCAGGUUGUUAACAGGCCAUUACAGAGACACACAGACUUCUAUUACUGACAGCUCUGCUGUAUACAGAGUCAACAAUAACAGGGGCAAUAGUUUGACCUUGAUUGAUCUCCCUGGGCAUGAAAGCUUGAGGCUUCAGUUCUUAGAACGGUUUAAAUCUUCAGCCAGGGCUUUUGUGUUUGUUGUAGACAGUGCAUCCUUCCAGCGAGAGGUGAAAGAUGUGGCUGAAUUUCUGUAUCAAGUCCUCCUGGACAGCAUGGCUCUGAAGAACACGCCAUCUUUCUUAAUAGCCUGCAAUAAGCAAGAUAUUGCAAUGGCAAAAUCAGCAAAGUUAAUUCAGCAACAGCUUGAGAAAGAACUCAACACCUUACGAGUUACCCGCUCUGCUGCUCCCAGCACACUGGACAGUUCCGGGCCUGUCCCUGCUCAUCUGGGAAAGAAAGGCAAAGAAUUUGAGUUCUCACAGUUGCCCCUCAAAGUGGAGUUCCUGGAGUGCAGUGCCAAGGGUGGGAGAGGGGACGGAGGUUCUGCUGACAUCCAGGACCUGGAGAAAUGGCUGGCGAAGAUUGCCUGAGGGCAGCUCCAGAGCACAAGCCCCGGGCGCAUGUGACCGGCCGCACUCGGGAAAGAGCUGUGCCAGUCUGGAGUUGCUAAAGGGUACGGGAGUCAGGGACUUCCCCUCAUUCGAGAAACAAAUGACUGUUCCCACCAGUUCGGAAAUUUUUUUGUUUAAGUUUUUUUCGGUAUUGCUCCCUUUCAAACAAAUCACUUUUAUUGGACUCUCAUCCUGCCUGUAUUCAGUGUCCCUCUAGCAUGUGCUUGUUUAAGGUCAAGGUCUUUAUGACGUAACAAGCAGAGUACACACAGAGAGUACUGUUACGACAUGUGUUUAUCAUCUGAAGUCUUCUCAUCCUCGGCUUCUGUGCUUUGAUCCCUUUCCUGGAAACAAGCCACCUGUUACGAAGCUAGUUGAUUUCCAGCUGCCUCUGCCACUCCUGUGCAAUAAUACAGUUCUCAGAUUUAUAGGGAGAGUUAGUUUUCCCAUGUGUGAAAAGGGUCUAAAAGAACAAGGCAGAGUUGACAGUGGGUUCUGAUUGGUCCCGCCUCAGCAUCAGGGUUAAAGGCUGGUCAGGAACCCCUGGUGGUGUUCCCAGGGGGUAGAAUUACAGAUGCUAAGUCCCCAAGUACCUCUCCUGUGCUCUAGUGGUCACUGGGGUGUGGGGACUCUAGGCACCCUUGUGCUUCUGCGUUUGGCCUCAGCUCCUGGCUCUCCAUUUAUUGCCUGGUCAGAUCUGAUUUUGUACCCUAAAGUAGAAUGCUGUGGAACAAAAAUACAAAAAGGUUUUUGGUAUAAUUUUGGGAUGUGUAUUCAUGCUUUUAAAAAAAAUUGCCUUUUCACAGAUGUUCUGUCUUAAAUAUUUGGCUUUUUUACUGCUUUUGUAAAUGGUUAAUAGUUUUCUUGAUAAAUAAAACAGGCUUUUGGUUUUUUGA